AUGGAAGGAAUCCAGGUUGCUCAAUAUGUAAGUGAUUUAUCAGAUGAAGAAGUUUAUAAAGAAAGUAAUGAAAAACCUCAAAAGAAGAAAAAAAGAACAAAAUAUUGGGUCAAAGAAGCUGUGUUUGAUAAUGCUGGUGAAGCCGAAGCAUCACUUGUUUUUCAAACAUUUUCAUUAACAUGUUCACUAAUUAUAAUAUCUUAA